UUAAAAGAGAGUUCAAAUUAAACACCUCUUCCAAAAAUCUGAAACUCAUUUUAUUAAGUAUUUAAAAUAUUGUAAGAAACGCAGAAUCACUAAUAUGAAAUUUCAAAACUUAUAAUCCUAAACUGUAUCGGUAAGAAAUCAAGAACAAGGCCAUAAGGCAGUACUAAAGUGAUGGGUUCUACAGUUACAAAAAAAAAAAGGUGAUGGGUUUUAAUAACUGCCCCAUGCAUGGCCACUUGUAUACAAAUGCAUCAACAUUACAACUGUUGAAACCGGGUAUUCCAGCAAAUUAUCUACAAGGGAUUUGAUGGAAAUCUCUAUCUUCAACAUGGCUGCAAAGGUAUACUCUCCACUCUCCUAUAUUUCAUCUAUUGUAGACAUCGAUGAAUGCAAAAUGAGUUUUCUUAUUGUGAGAAGCAUGGAACGUGUUAGAAAGAGUGAAGACAAUCAUUCUUGUAAGCGCCACUGGAUUCUUGCUUUUCUUGAUCGGAAUCUGCUGCCUGAUGCUGAAACUCAAGCUCUGGAAUCUGGUGCACAAUCAUCGAACGCAUCUAUCAAGAUCUUCAACGAGAAGGACAUCAAGACACCGACUAAAGACUUUCACGAGGCCAGAAUACUUGGUGUAGGAGGCCAAGGGAAUCAUAGACGAAGAGAUACUUCCAAAGAUAUCGAUGAGUGCAAAAAUGAAUGUUCAUUCUUGUGGGAAGCAUGGAACCUGUAA